CCUCCAUAUCAUGUGAUUCAGGUGUUCCAAUCCCCUCCAUAUCAUGUGAUUCAGGUGUUCCAAUCCCCUCCCAAUCAUGUGAUUCAGGUGUUCCAAUCCCCUCCCAAUCAUGUGAUUCAGGUGUUCCAAUCCCCUCCAUAUCAUGUGAUUCAGGUGUUCCAAUCCCCCCCAUAUCAUGUGAUUCAGGUGUUCCAAUCCCCUCCCAUAUCAUGUGAUUCAGGUGUUCCAAUCCCCUCCAUAUCAUGUGAUUCAGGUGUUCCAAUCCCCUCCCAAUCAUGUGAUUCAGGUGUUCCAAUCCCCUCCAUAUCAUGUGAUUCAGGUGUUCCAAUCCCCUCCAUAUCAUGUGAUUCAGGUGUUCCAAUCCCUCCCAAUCAUGUGAUUCAGGUGUUCCAAUCCCCUCCAUAUCAUGUGAUUCAGAUGUUCCAAUCCCCUCCAAAUCAU